CUAAAGUGGGGAUGAUUACAGUCUUUUUCAACGUGAUCCGCACAGAGAAGCUGCUUGGCCUGUGGAAGGGGGUUUCACCGUCGUUCAUGCGCUGUAUCCCUGGUGUAGGGAUCUACUUCAGCACAUUUUACUCGCUGAAGCAGCACUUCUUCCAGGAUAGGUCUCCGAACGCUGGGGAGGCAGUGUUGCUUGGGGCGGGGGCUCGUUGUGUGGCAGGUGUGGCCAUGCUGCCCAUCACAGUCAUUAAGACUCGUUUUGAAAGUGGGCAGUACAAUUACAUAAGUGUAGCUGGUGCUCUUAGAAGUAUGUGUCAGAAUGAAGGUCCCAGGGCUCUUUACUCCGGGCUCACAGCAACUUUACUCCGAGAUGCCCCGUUCUCUGGCAUCUAUGUCAUGUUCUACAGCCAGGCCAAAAAGGCUUUGCCACAGGAGAUCAGCUCAUCCUCCUUUGUCCCACUGGUUAAUUUUGGCUGUGGUGUGGUGGCUGGUAUUUUGGCCUCUCUAGCCACUCAGCCAGCAGACGUGAUCAAAACCCACAUGCAAGUGAGCCCAGCGUUGUAUCCCAAGACCAGCGAUGCUGUACGCCAUGUUUAUACUAAACAUGGCUUGAGCGGGUUCUUUCGAGGAGCAGUUCCUCGUUCCCUGAGGAGAACCCUCAUGGCUGCCAUGGCCUGGACUGUGUACGAGCAGCUGAUGGCACGCAUGGGACUGAAGUCCUAAAGACACCCGACGCACUUUAUGUGUGGACUUCAUUCUGUGUGUGUCCGUUACAGGAGUGUGUGCUUUUCAGAUGAUGGCGUUCUAUUAUCCUUGAAGGCUUGAUUAAAAAAACAAAAGCAUCUAGUGUUGGCUGAGGUACCGGUAAUAGUAAGUUUGUGUGUGCGUGAUUGUCUGUGUGUGUUAGCGUUUUCAGGUGCAGUGAGUCUUUACCCCGUGACAUCUCUGACAGUGACAUUCCUAAAUUGCCACAUUGUGAGUUUGUCUGCCUGCAUAUUGAGACAGGGGUCCGCACUGAAGAAUACCAAUGAGAGACUGCUGAAUCAUGUGCCGUCAGCUCACAAGAAAACACUCCUUUCACAAGAAGAAAAUCCCCCUCUUGGCAACGAACCUUAGAAUACCACAUGUUUCAGUGUCAUUGAAAAGUGCCCACCUUUGCAGGGUUUUCAGAAAUGCACGACUCCAAAGACUAAGAUAGUUCCUAAGCCUAAAUCCUUUUUAGUCGAGGAUGAGGCUUAGUGGGUGUCCAAGAGACUGGUGUUACAAAGACAUGUUGACAUAAUACUCCAGCACUCCGACAAUCAGACCGAAUUACUCUAGGGCUGAGAAACUCAACUGACAAAACAUUACUGUCUCACCAACAUACUCUUUUCCGACUAUAAAUGCUCGUCUCUAUGCGAUGAUUUGUGCUGUUCUACUGAUUUCCUGUGCUGUAUGACUGGAUGGGUUUAUCAGUGCAUUUCAGUGUUUAUUUCUUUUUUCCUUGAACGCUCACUCCUUGGCACAGACAAAGCCAAGAUUUGGAUUGAAUGAGACUUCAUAAGAUAUAGACCUGGAGAAACAUUUAAUAUUUAUUAAAGAAACCGGGGAGAACAAGUGUUAUUGUUCCUGAGAAACAAUGUUUGAAGUGGAACGUAUCGGUGAGAAAUUGCAAUACCUAAUUUAUCGUAUUCGCAAACAUGUUGUCGGAUAAUUUUAAUGGACUUUUUGUCGUAUUGACAUUUUGUGUAAAACCACUGUAAGAUGCCAUAGUGUCAUCGGUGGUGCUCGGUGUGAACACAACAGUGUAAUGUUAUUUCAACAUGACCCAUAGGGGCAAUUUUAGGAAGUCUGUUAAAAACAUGUCCGGGUGGUUGUUCACCCUUAAAAUUAGUAGAGAAAAUGAAGCGUAUGAGAACCAUUAGGAUUUUUGGCAUUGUAACAUUAAUUUAAUUCCUGUUAGGCACAUUUUCUCCCCAAUUUGUCAUUACUUUAAUGUGAAUUUAUUUAUAUAUAUAUACACACACACUUAAUAUUAACACCAUGGUAGUCUUUGUUGUCCUGCCAGUAAUGUGUUUUUUUUUUCAGCAAAUUACAGUAAUUUGUAGUAUAAAACCUUUGAUAAUAAUGGGAGAAAAAACUCAAUGCAGGGAUGCAUUACAAUGGGAAUUUAGGGGAAAUAUACUUAAUUGUCAUGUAAAUAAUGUCACAAUGCAAAAAUCUUUAUGGAUUUGAAAU